AUAGUAUGCCCGGCAGCUAAUCAGAUGUCUGGAUAGAUCGGGCAGCUUUCUAAAACGAAAAUAAUAAGGGGUCCACAUCACACAGCUGUCAGCAUGGUUUACCUUGAAAAUGAUACGUUUUUGACAGAGCUUACCAAAAUGUUCCAGAAAUCUCGAACAAGUGGAUCAGUUACUCUAACCAUGAAAAGAUAUGAUGGUAGAUCAAAGCCAAAGCCGAGGAAGGGACAUCUCCCAGAGCCAUCAGAGUACAAGUGUCUGGUACGAGCCAAUCUUGGAAAUAAAAAGCUCAGCACAGUGAUCAGCCAGAAGGAUGUCAAUAAAUUUCAAAUGGCAUACACCAACUUGCUCAAGGGCAAUAUGGAUGGGCUGAAAAAGCGGGACAAGAAAACGGGGAAAUCAAAAGUCAAGGCCACUCAGUGAUUGGAGAACCUCCAAGAGAAAGUCAGGAACUAUGUAGUGAAUGUGAAAUGACAAAGAUGAAAAGCCAGGAUUUACCAUGUCAUACCUUUAGCUUCUGUUAGAUUGGCAGCUUUCUGUAUAAAGGCUUUGAUUUCUUGAAAGUUUGCCAUAUUUUGUAAUUUUUGAAGAACAGUAGUACUGUCAUAGAUUAUAAAAUAUUUUAAUUUAUGCGUAUGAAAUGAAACAAGGAAGUGAUAGAUUAUUAGCAUUUAAUACAACUUUUAUACAUGUAUUUUUUGCACCUUAUCAAAAGAUCAUUCUGAGAUUGAGACCGUGUGAUUUGUUGAAGAAAUGCUACAUGGCAUGAACGCUGUUACAGAAGCUAUGGAACAAUGAUUUUCCCUUUUGCCAAAGACCAUAGAUUAUCUGAGGCAUUGUUAGAACGGAGGAUUUGUCAGUUUCAAUGCUUAAGCAAGAAAAAGUAGUAGUUAUUUUUAUGUAAAACUAAACAACAACAUAUAUACACUUAUAUCUAGGUUUAAUGAUUUUCAUGCCUUCCUAUGGUUCAUAUUAAUAUAUUGGAAGGUACCAAAUCAAAUAUGUUUGAAAACUAGAAGUUUUACUUUCAUUUGUUGUAUGGCAUGUCGACUCGAGUGUUUUUUUAUGAAUUAUGUAUUGUUGAAUAAUAUAUAUAUGUGAAGGAAAUAAAAAGAUAUUUCAAUUU